AUGAUGUCAUCCAAGCCAACAAGCCAUGCUGAAGUAAAUGAAACCAUACCCAACCCUUACCCACCAAGCAGCUUUAUGGCUCCUGGAUUUCAACAGCCUCUGGGUUCAAUCAACUUAGAAAACCAAGCUCAGAGUGCUCAGCGUGCUCAGCCCUACUGCAUCACAUCUCCGGGAAUCUUUGCUAGCAGUCAACCGGGUCAAGGAAAUAUACAAAUGAUAAAUCCAAGUGUGGGAACAGCAGUAAUGAACUUUAAAGAAGAAGCAAAGGCACUAGGGGUGAUCCAGAUCAUGGUUGGAUUGAUGCACAUUGGUUUUGGAAUUGUUUUGUGUUUAAUAUCCUUCUCUUUUAGAGAAGUAUUAGGUUUCGCCUCUACUGCUGUUAUUGGUGGAUACCCAUUCUGGGGUGGCCUUUCUUUUAUUAUCUCUGGCUCUCUCUCUGUGUCAGCAUCCAAGGAGCUUUCCCGUUGCCUGGUGAAAGGCAGCCUGGGAAUGAACAUUGUUAGUUCUAUCUUGGCCUUCAUUGGAGUGAUUCUGCUGCUGGUGGAUAUGUGCAUCAAUGGGGUAGCUGGCCAAGACUACCGGGCCGUGCUUUCUGGAAAAGGCAUUUCAGCCAUGCUGAUGAUCUUCUCCCUCUUGGAGUUCUUCAUAGCUUGUGCCACAGCCCAUUUUGCCAACCAAGCAAACACCACGACCAAUAUGUCUGUCCUGGUUAUUCCAAAUAUGCAUGUAAGCAACCCUGUGACACCAGCGUCUUCUUCAGCUCCUCCCAGAUGCAACAACUACUCAGCUAAUGUCCCUAAAUAGUAAAAGAAAAAGGGGUAUCAGUCUAAUCUCAUGGAGAAAAACUACUUGCAAAAACUUCUUAAGAAGAUGUCUUUUAUUGUCCACAAUGAUUUCUAGUCUUUAAAAACCGUGUUUGAGAUUUGUUUUUAGGUUGGUCGCUAAUGAUGGCUGUAUCUCCCUUCACUGUCUCUUCCUACAUUACCACUACUACAUGCUGGCAAAGGUGAAGGAUCAGAGGACUGAAAAAUGAUUCUGCAACUCUCUUAAAGUUAGAAAUGUUUCUGUUCAUAUUACUUUUUCCUUAAUAAAAUGUCAUUAGAAACAAAA